GCGGGGAGGGAGGCGCUUGCUUGGUGUUGCGCUGGGUGAGCAGCGCAGUUCUAGAGCAUCGAGAUUUCAAAGCAUCGAUGGGUGAGAUCGACAGCCCGCUCGUCUUCCAGUGCGCGUCGUGCCGCACGGUUAUCACUGACUCGAACCAGCUCGUCUGCACCGUCGAGGCGCUCGAUGCGCUCAUUGUAGACGCCGUUCUCGGGGUGACCGUCAGCCCUCCUGCGGACAGCGGCUCAAACAGCGCGCUCCAGGGUUCGGAAUUCCCGGCGGAUUGCAUCACCUGCGACGCCUGCAGUGCGCCGCUCGGAUGCCAGUACUCCACUGCCCCCGCCGCAGUCCCGGCCGCGCUGGCAGAGCAGGUCGUCUGGCGUCAGCUCGCGCCUCGCUACGCGCUGCGCCGCGACGCCCUCGCCGCGUACGCGCUCGGGACGGCCGGGCUGCAUCACAACCACGCGCUUGGCCUCUCGUCGGACGGAUUGCAGGCCGCCCAGGCCGUCGGCGCUCCUGAGGACGCGCGGUGGCAGGAGACGCGCUGCAGCCCCGACACGGGGGCCGAGCUGGUCGCACUCGCGGCGAGGGUGAAGGCCAUCGAGGCCGCCUGCAUGCCGAGUGGCGGCGGCGGUGGCGGCAGCGGCGGCCGGGACGACGCGGCGCGCGCGCGCAUCAAGGACUUGACGACGUCCCUCCUCGCACUAGAGGCGCGGCUACAAGCCCUGGAAGACGGGCGCGAGGACAAGCGCGCUCGCUGCGGGUAGCGACCAGUGGCUCGCGGGAUGUGUUUUGUUUUUGAGAACCCUCAAACAAGCCGC